UUGAUUUUUCUGCAUGGUUAAAGCAAGUUAGGCGUGGUUUUCAGACAGGUACCUUGGCGCUUUUCAAAAGCGGAUAUUUAACUCAUAACAAGACAUCAGCAAGUUUUGCAAACAUGCCCAAGUGUCCUAAGUGCCAGAAAGAAGUGUAUUUUGCUGAGAGAGUGACAUCCCUUGGCAAAGACUGGCACAGACCCUGUCUGAAAUGUGAGAAAUGUAACAAGACCUUGUCUCCAGGCUCUCAUGCAGAGCAUGAGGGGAAGCCCUACUGUAAUGCUCCCUGUUACUCGGCACUCUUUGGGCCAAAAGGAUUCGGACGCGGAGGCACUGAAAGCCAUACAUUCAAAUAGACCACAACGCAGGCUGUCUGCAGGAGUUAAAAUUCAGAAGGUGGAAAGAAGGCAACUUUCAGCAAACCUUUAUUUUUAAAUCCUUAUACAUACUGGGCCUUUUAAUCUAAUUUUGCGAAAUCUGCAUUCCUUACAAAGAUGUAGGACUUGCAAUAUUCCGUCCGCAUUGUUCUGAUCACUGACAACUGGAAUGAAGUGUUUGCAGUUAAGUUGAAUUGUUCUCUUUUCUAAAUAAAAUGGGUUUGCAUUGUUACGA